GUGUAACCAGGCAACAGUAAACAAACAUACAGCUGGAUCAGGAGUGUUAAACUCACUGCUUAUACUUGCAAUUUGAGUUUACAUCAGUUUUCUAUUUUUUUUUCUCUCUUCUUCUUAUAACGGAAAAGUGAAAAUGAGCUCAGGUGUGUUGGUGUCACGUCCGCACUAUGACAGCCGGGCUGUGGCUCAGGGACUCCCGGAGAAAGACGCUCCUGAGGGUCCGGAGCUCCCACAGCCGUCCUCGGGCUCAGCCACCGUCGGGUACCGCUCGGCGAAAUACACCACGAGCGAAUGGUUCUCCAACUACCGAACUAUACUUGAACAGGCCGGUACCGACCACCACGACGCCCGGACUAUCCAGCGAGAGUCCAGAGCUCUGAACCAGGACACAGAGGCGGCUACUUCAGGGAAACAGGCCCAGGGGACGCGUCUGCUGGGGGAGAGGCUGCAGGAGAUCCACUACUGGAAGUCCGAGCUGCAGCGGCACAUCGAACAGCUGCUGGCCGACACCGAGGCCCUGCUGGCGCUGAAGACGCGACUGGAGAAGGCGCUGGACGCCACUGAGACUCCGUUUGCCAUCGCCACCGAUAAUCUGACCUGCAGGACCAGAAGACUGGGACCAGACCUGGUUCGAGACUCCGUGGAGGAGGAGCUGCUGAAGGAAGUGGACUUAAUCAGGAGCAUUCAGGCUCUUCUAAAGAGAACCACAGCUCAGGUUGUCAGUCAGAUCAAGAUGAACAGAGAUGCCAAGCAGACAUUAGAGCUGGACUGGUCUGAUAAGCACCAGGCCUACAGCUUUGAUGAAAAUGGUGGAAGGCACAGCAACAUGAGUCCAGAUACUCAGCACCACCCCAGCUCAGCCACCAUGCAGGAGCAGGUGUGCAACCACUCAUCGUGGACAAAGUUCACACAGGACAACCUAUCGAAGGCCAUGCAGGAGGAACAGGCUACCAGCAGCCUCAGGUCAGAGCACCUGUGUCCCAAACUGAAUGUGGUGCAUCAUUUAUUAUUUUCUGUACACAUCAUGAUGAUGUUUGUCUGUGUCAGAGUGCUGGUGGAGCGAAUGCUGCAGGACACCACUGAGGAUCUCAGGGUGCAAUGCUCCACUGUGGACCGAGCCUUCAGCCAGCGCUGUGCGGAGCUUAUUGAGGCUAAAACCCAGCUGGAGAUGAAGCUAGUCAAGAUCUUGGAGCAAAUCGGGGCCCAGGAGAAGAACAUUGCGGCUCUACAGCAAGCCAUCCACAACAAAGAGGCUCCACUGAGAGUAGCUCAGUCCAGGCUUUACCUGCGCUCACUCAGACCCAACAUGGAGCUCUGCAGGGAUGAACCCCAGUUCAGUCUGGAAGGGGAGGUGAGGCAGAUUGAGGCCACUGUGGCGUCUCUGCAGCAGCAGCUGAGUGAAGCCAGGGGCUCUUUGUCCCACCUGGAGGAGUCACGCAUGGCGCUCGAGAAGGACAUAAACUGCAAAACCCACUCAUUGUUCAUCGAGAGAGAAAAGUGCAUGACUCACCGUAACCGCUAUCCGACCAUCUCAGUGCUGUCAGGAUACUGAAGACAACAAGUGUUUCUGGAAUCUGUGCUGUUGUUGCUAUUUUUGAAAAUUUUGCUUUGCUUUGGCUCUUUGUUGCAGAGAGCAUAGUAGAGAUGGCAGAGAGCAUAUCAGUUGUAUUUCAAUUCAUUUUCAUAUCCAUGUUUCUGUAACCCACAUCAAAAAGGGAUUAACUGUGUGUUCAGCUGUUUCUGAGCUCUACACAUGAUAUUUGCUACUUUUGGAUUCAUUUCUUUAUUCUUUGUUCAGACUGUAAGAGGAUUGGAUUUAGACAGAGAAAAUACAAACAAUCAUGAGAUUAAUGUGACCACAAAUUUGACCCCAGUCAUGCAUCUGCUCACUACUGAUUACAGUAGAUAUGUUCUGGUGCAGUAAAUUCAUAGUACACAUUGUUGCCAUCCUCAUUAUCAUAGACAUGAUUGUUGCUUUGCUGCUCAGAGAAAUGCAACAUUGCAUGCAUCUCAGAUGUGCGAUUUUCAUAGAUCUAAAAAAAAAAAACACACACAAAAAAAGAGAAAAAGCAUUAUGUUUAGCAUUUGGUGUAAUCAAUCAACUCAAUUAUGUUUGCAUUUAGUGCACAGUUGUAUUUUGGGCCCACUAGCAGCAGAACAAACAGGUAAGACGUAAAUAUGUGGGUGAUUUAUCCACUCCAACCCUUUGGUCCACAUGCAAAUAAAACAGGAAUCUACAGAAUUGCUAGUGGCUCUGUGAGGCCCAGCAGGGCUUCAAGCUCAAGCAAAGGACAUACUGAAGCCAUGAGUCUAUUUCGCAUCUCUAUUAAACCUUUUACUUUUGAGGA